AUAAAUAAAAUAAAAGUAGAAAAAAGAGGUUGCCUUGCCUUAUUGAGGUGGCAAGCAUUAAAUGGUUCAUUUUCUGGCUUUCUGUGUACGUAAACGCUGGGUCUCAACACUCCUCUCUUUCUCUCUCUACUUUCACUCUCUCUCUCUCUCCUCAGAAAAUAUCUCAACUAUCCGUAAUUAGCAGUUCGCUGAUCGAACCGCCGCAGCAAUAUCUCAUCCCACCUGCCCCGCCGGCUCCACCACUCCAGCCUAGCUCCACCGUCCCACUGCUCAAAAUCAAGUUGCAUUGUCCUUUCUCUCUCUAGGGUUCGUCUCCCCUAAUUAGUGAUUACCAUCACCAGUCCCACCACAGUAUCGCUCUCAACUCCCAAACCCUCACUUGGAAAAACCCCUAAUUUUGCCCGACUACAUGAUUUUUCCGGUGAUUAAUUUUACGAAACCCUAACUCCGGUCAGUGAUCAUGUCCGGACCGCCGAGGGUGAAAUUGAUGACUUCCGCCGAACUGGAGGCUCGACCGGUGCUCGGACCGACGGGAAACAAAGCCAGAUCCGUCGAAUUGCGGAAGCCGAUGCUGAAGUCGAAGAGCGAGAAGGCGCAGAGGGCCCAGGACGUUGACGAUUCCAAGGGUAAAAAGUCUCCGACGGCAUUGCAGUUGCCGGAAACGAAGCCCGAAAAAAUUCCGUCGCCGGUAGGUUUUAUGAAGAAUGGGAGAAGUGCCGCCUCGUUUUUUAUGCAGCGGAGUAUGUCGCUGAAUGUCUCUUGUUCUUCGGACGCAUCGUCCGAUUCUUCCCACAGCCGGGCAUCCACUGGGAGGAUUAGCUGGCGGAGUGGGACUCCGACGCCGCCUUUGAAGAGGAAUCAACAAAGCAGCUUUAAACGGGAGAGAAUUGAGAAAAUUGUUGGGGGUGAAGGUGAGGUGGUUGAUGGUGCUGCUGUGGUUAAGAAAAGGUGUGCUUGGGUGACUGCAAAUACUGAUCCAUUGUAUGCUGCUUUCCACGACGAAGAAUGGGGACUUGCUGUACAUGAUGACAAGAAACUUUUCGAACUGCUUAGCUUUUCCACUGCAUUGGCUGAACUAACAUGGCCGGUCAUUCUUAGUAAAAGGCACUUAUUCAGAGAAGUCUUUCUGGAUUUUGAUCCAAAUGCCGUGUCAAAAUUAAAUGACAAGAAAAUCGCAACACCAGGAAGUCCUGCGAGCUCUCUUCUGUCGGAUUUAAACCUGCGAGCAAUUACUGAAAAUGCACGUCGAAUUUGUAAGAUUAUAGAUGAGUUUGGAUCUUUUGACAAAUACAUUUGGGGUUUUGUGAAUCACAAGCCUAUUGUUGGUAAUUUCCGAUAUCCUCGUCUUGUUCCGAUUAAGACAUCAAAAGCAGAUACAAUAAGCAAAGACCUCGUUAAAAGAGGAUUUCGAGGAGUUGGGCCCACAGUUGUCUACUCGUUUAUGCAAGUAGCUGGGAUUACAAAUGACCACCUCAUCAGUUGUUUCAGGCAUCGUGAUUGCAUAACCGCAUGCGAUUUAAGUGACAAGAGUAACGAGGGAAUAACAACGUCGAAAAAUGAAGUGAAAUCUCUUGACAAUAUAACAGAGAUGGAAUUAGUUAGAGAUAUCAAUGAUGUGAGUUUGUCCAGGUAGCGUCUUUUUUUUUUUUUUUUUUUUCUUUUUUCUUUUUUGUGGGUUGUUCACAUUUGAUGAAUAUGUAAUCUAUUAUGUGUAGUAUGUCACACACUUGUAUCUCCCAACUGACAAUUAUGUAUAAAUCUUCAUAAAUUAAUUUGUUCGUUUCUUGGCGAUCAUACUAUAGUAGCACACUGAGGUGCAGAGGAUAAUUAUGUGCAAAAGGUCUCAAAUCCCGAUAACUCUUCGGUUCUAGUUGCAAUACAUUUCGAACGCUAUUGAAU